AUGAAGAAGCUCCUCCCCAUUCCCUCCUUUCUGGCCUUCCUCUGUUCCUUUGUUUCUGCUCUGUCGACUCAACCGCCGGGCCCCGCCGGUCCGACCAACAUCACGGUCAUCCUCGUAAAGGCCGACCAGUUCACAACCUUCAAUAAACUCCUCAAAAGCGUACAACAGAGCGACCAAAUCAAUAAUCAGCUCAACAAUUCCAACCAAGGGCAGGGCCUCACUCUGUUUACUCCUCCAGACAACGCCUUCGCCAAUCUGAAACCUGGAACUCUCAAUUCCCUCUCCGAUCAGCAAAAAGUUCAGCUGGUUCAGUUCCAUGUGCUCCCCAAUUUCGUUUCCAUGUCCCAAUUUCAUUCCGUCAGCAACCCUCUUCGUACCCAGGCCGGAAACAGCAACGCCCGCCAGUUUCCCCUGAAUGUCACCACUUCUGGGUCUCAGGUCAAUUUUACCACCAGCGUCGUCGACGCCGUCGUCGCCAACACCAAUUACACCGACGGCCAACUUGUCGUUUACCACGUCACCAGCUAA